GUUUCAAUGAUUUCAACGUUUUUUAAAUGUUGGUCCUACAAAGUAUGCUGCUUGAGAUAUAUGACUUUUUUUUCAUAUUUUGAAAACUAAGAAUUUUUACAGGUAAAUGAUUCUGAGGAAGAAUAUAAUCCAGUAAAAAGUUCUCAAUAUAAUUUAAUGAAACUUGAUAGAUUUGCAAUGGAGGCUGUCAGGUAUGAUGUCUCAUCUCGUGCUGCAGCUGCACUUGCAAAUGCUCUACUUCUAGAUUUUGGAAUCAUUAAAUAUGCAGAUUUGAACCAAGUUGUAGAUCGAAGCAAAAUUGAGAGAGAGAAGAAGAAAGUAAUGUCAAGAUAUGGUAAUCAACAUGAUAAUAAAUUAAGUAACUUGGUGUGUUUGGGUGUUGAUGGUAAAGAUGGUAAAAAUGUUCUUCAGUUUAAGAAUGUCAUUGAAAAUGGAGAAACUCGCUUGCCGAGAGUUACUGAAAAAGAACAUCAUUUAAUUUUUACUGAUGAAAAUAGUUUUAAAAAUGGUUCAUAUCUCUCUCAUAAAAAUCUUCCAUCAAAUGGUGCAACUGGUUUGCUUCAAAGUGAAAUUGUAUAUAAUGUUCUGAAUGAGUAUGAUAGUUUAAAUUCAGUACAAGCUCUUUUUCUCGAUAAUACAAAUGUCAAAACUGGACAAUACUUUUUCUCGAUAAUAAUUUUCUUGAUAAUAUAAAUGUCAAAACUGGUUUCAAAACUGGAAUUGUUGCAUGUUAAGAAAAGAAAUUAGACCUUAUCGGUUGUACUUUGCAUCACAAUGAACUUUUAUUUCGAAAAGUAUUCAAAAUAGUUGAUGGCAGUUCAAAGUGUUUAAAUAAAUUUUCAGGACCUAUUGGAAAACAAGUUUCUAUAGAUUUCCAUCUUAACCCACAAGUGAAGUUUACCAAAAUUGAUACUCCAGUAGAGAUACUAAAUAUUCCCAUUGAAGUGAUAAAUGAUUUAAGCCACAAUCCAAGACUAUUAUUUGAAUAUAGUCUUCGAAAUUCUAAAGGAUUUGUCAAUAACAUAUUUUUUAGAAGAAAAAUUGGUCCACUAAACGACGCAAGAUGGUUGACUUUAGCAAUUCGAGUUAUGGCUUUGUAUACUCGUACUGAAGCACCAAGUCUUGAUCAUGUAAGGCUUGUAAAGUUUAUUGUACAAGUGUUUGCAUACACUUGGUUUCUUAUCAAAAAGUCUUCUAAAUUUAUGGAUUCUCCAAGUUUAUUCUUUAAAAUGACAGAACAGAUAAGGAAGCAAGAUGAAGAAAUGCAAAGCAUUUAUUUUAAAAAUCUAAAAAAAAGUUCAUAUUGUCUAUUGCUAGAGAACGUUUUAUAUUGUAUGCUUAGAGAUGAAGAAUCUAAAACAUGCGUUCUAGUCAUUAAAAAACUUAGGACAAGUAAAAAUAAAGAGUGCCGUAUUACAAAUAUUGCUAAUGUUAAGAUAAACUUUCAAGCAACUUCUUGGAUAGAAUUAGUUGAUUUUAAGAAAAGCAGUGAACCGGUAUCAACAAUAUGGUUGAAGGAUGACAAAAUUGAUGCACUAAUUGCAACUAAAGAAGUUCCGAACUUACCUGAAUUUCCUUCUCACGCGCAGAGCGUAGAACGCGCUGUCAAAUUAGUUACAGAGGCUAGUCACCAAGUAUAUGGCAGGGAAGCUCGUCAUAAAUAUAUUUUAACUAAACUAAAAUCCAGGGAAAUACGACCAUAUUUCGAAACUAAAAACGACUUUGUGGUUUUUUAAUCAUAAAUUUUUUUAUGCAUUUGAUGUUAAUAAAACAUAUUUAUGUAAAUGUACU